GGCAGGCACAGGAUCUGGAUCGGCGUCGGGCCAAUGGGGACAUAUUUAAUCUCACAUAUACCUUCUACCUCAUUGAGAUCUUAUCUGGUUCAUUUGUGCGAGCAGUGAGACCACGGGUAGAUGUACUUUUACCUUCUUGAUGGAGUUCCGGGGCAUUUUCAUUUUCCCACAACUGAAUGCUGAUGAAUUGUGAUGAUGAGCCAUGUAUAAGGGGACCUGUGAAUUGUAUAGUUAUGGUCUCAUUUUCUUUUAUGAUCAUCUUUUCCCUUUUCCACUUUUUCUUUUUCUUUUUCUUUUUUUUUUUCUUUUUUUCCCUAUCCGAUUAGCAUAUCCAUAUGCAUACAAUAAAGCAUGCGUAGCGUGCCAUUGCAUCGGUGGCAUACCCAAGCCCAACUCGGCAAUCGCGAAGCUAGGAAUACUGUACUGUACUGUACCUGCGUCCGUGCUUUCUCCUCGAUGAGCUUCUUCUAACCCGCCCCAUCUCCUUCGCAUGUCUCUCUGCCUUAUG